UUGUGAUAGUUUUCCCGGGUUCUGCGGAUGUUUGACGUUCCCCCCCUUCAUACUCAAUAACCUAUUGCCCUUGCGCUUAGACGCAAGACACGCCAUUUGCAAAACAUUAGUUCGUAAUGGCAUUGAUAAACCUUUCACGGGAUUAAAAUUUCGUGACAAACAGGCCUACUAUUACAAGAAACUUCAGUGUUGUGUUUACUUCACUAUACAAGUUUGCAACUAUGGGUACAAAUACUAAGGACGACUUUUCAGAAUCAAAAGAAUACGGCGUAAAAUCUGAGGAAUUCGAAGACUUUUCUGAGACUAUGUUAGAUGGAAGCGAUAAGAAAUCAUUAGAGGACGGCUCAUUGUCAGAUCCUGAUAACUGUGGCAUGUGUGGUGGCCCAUUGGUUAUACCUCGAAUGCUGCACUGUUUACAUACAUUUUGCGAAGAAUGCCUAGGCAAAAAGCUUGUCGGGGAAGCUGGAGAUGCUGGAUCCACAGACACUUCAAUCCAAUGCCCGAUCUGUAACUAUUCAACCCUGGUUGGAACAAAGAAGUUAGCUGCUCUACCGCUUGAUGUCUCAAAGACAAAUGUUACCGACGUUUCCAACUCCCCCGAUUUGCAUUGCACUUCCUGCACUGCCAAAGAAAUGGCCAAGUCCAAAUGUAACACCUGCCAACACCUUCUAUGCAACAAUUGUGACAAGGCUCAUCAUUUUAUGAGAUGUUUCGAGUCACACAAGGUUGUUGCUCUCGAGGACAUGGUUAAAUCUGGUAUUAAGAUCACAGUUCACAAGCCUCUAGUAUGCGAUUUCCAUCCUGGCGAAAAUCUCAUCUUCUAUUGCUUGGUGUGCAGUGUAACAGCUUGCACGGAGUGUAUUAAAGUUGAUCAUAAAGGCCACCAGUUUGAGGGGAUACUCGACUCUGAACCAAGAGUUAGACAAGAGAUGGAGGGUUUGGUUAAGAAAGGCAAAGAAAAAAUCGAAAACCUCACCAAAGCUUCUGCUACUUUGAACAAUAACAUGGAAGAACUUUCCCACCAGCGCUCCACCGCUAGAGAUCUUAUCAAUGAAUCAUAUCAGAGUUACAAGGCUGUUCUUGAGAAAUGUAAGGAUGAUAUUUUAGAAGAGCUGACUGGAUUGUAUCAUGAACGUGAGCUAGUCCUCAUGCAAGAGAGUAAUGAGUUGGGCAAUACCAUUGUUAACUUAGAAGAUGCCUGUAAAUGCACUUCCAGCUUAUUGGAAGGCGGUACUGCACAAGAGAUGAUGUAUUUAAGAACAGCACUUGCUACUAGGUUGAUGACUUUAAACCACAAAUCACCCAAACUGGAAAAAUCAUUCAGUAUUGAGUUCAAAUCUGACUUGGAUAAGUUUGAAUAUGCUAUCAGGAGUAAUUUCGGAAAGUUUGCUACAGAGGAAGAUGUCAUCGUGAAAACAUCACAGUCUUCUCCAGUUUUACCUGAAUUGGCUCCCUUGAACAUCAACGGGAUCAAUGGAAUCAACAACUCACCACCUGCUAUCGUCACAAACGGUUGUAGCGCACCUUCGGUAACAACAACCAGUCCAAUUUCUUUACCCACAUCCAUGCAAUCUUCAUUCGACGGGGAACUUGGAAACAAUUUACAAAUGUUGAUGGCUCAGAGUCCUCCCUUACCCCACGUCAAUUCAAACCAAGGGUUUUCCCAAGGGUUUUCUAGUAUUGCCGAGUACAAUAUAGCACAACUAGCCACUUUAGCAGAAAACACAAACAGUGCUGCCACGUCACCAACUACAGCUCCGUUCAAUAUUGCCGAUAUUUUGAACAAUGAUACUGCCUUCAAGAAUAUUGCAACGUUAGUUAAGCUGGCAGAAAACGUACCAAACGGUAACAACAUGCUGGCUCGGUCCACAUCAGCAGCAUCCUUAAACUUAUCCAAUAAUCUAAUUAACGGUUUUGGUGGCGUUUCCACCUCGACCUCUCCUUUAUUAUCCACUCCUGAUGACAUCAUUCCAGAUCCUUUAACAAAUAUCAUCCCCAAUACAGGAACCAAUACUACUCCGUCGAUUCCUAGAUCCAACAAAGUUAGUCCUAUGCAGAUCCGCUGCAAGUUUGGCCAGUUGGGACCCGGCAAGGGGCAGUUCAAUUCUCCACAUGGAUUUUGCUUGGGAUUGGAAGAGGACAUUAUCGUUGCCGAUACAAAUAAUCAUAGAAUUCAGAUCUUUGAAAAAACCGGAACAUUCAAGUUUCAAUUUGGCAUCCCAGGUAAAGACGAAGGUCAGCUGUGGUAUCCCAGGAAAGUAGCAGUUAUGCGCAAUACCGGCAAAUACGUCGUAUGCGAUCGUGGCAACGAACGCUCCAGGAUGCAGAUCUUCACUAAAAACGGCCAUUUCUUGAAAAAGAUAGCUAUACGUUACAUCGACAUAGUCGCUGGCCUAGCAGUCACUGUCAAUGGUGAGAUUGUCGCCGUUGACAGCGUCAGUCCGACAGUAUUCAUCAUAGGGGAGAGUGGAGAUCUGCUGCGUUGGUUCGAUUGCAGUGAUUAUAUGAGAGAGCCAUCCGAUAUCGCUAUUCAUGGGAAGGAAUUUUACGUUUGUGACUUCAAAGGGCACAACGUGGUAGUAUUUAACGACGACGGGCAAUUUUUGCGUAGAAUCGGAUGUGAGAACCUAACCAACUUUCCCAACGGAAUUGAUAUAUCAGAUGCAGGAGACGUAUUGAUUGGAGAUUCCCAUGGAAAUCGAUUCCACGUUGCAGUCUUUUCACGCGAUGGGGGCUUGAUUUCGGAAUUCGAAUGUCCAUAUGUAAAGGUCUCCAGAUGUUGUGGAUUGAAAAUCACAUCCGAAGGUUACGUAGUAACCCUCGCCAAAAACAAUCAUCAUGUUCUGGUAUUGAAUACGUUAUACAUCCUGUAAACCCCGAAUAAUAUAGCGUCGUCGACGAAUAUUUUGACCUUAGUCCCUCUUCCCGACCAACUGUUUCAUGAAUAUGUUGUGUUAGUUGACAUCCUCUGACACAUGUUGUGUUAGUUGACAACCCUGACACAUUCUCACCCGACCCUCGCCUGUUGAGCUGUGGCAUUUAACAAUUUUUGAUAAAAAUAUUUUUAUGUAUUUAAUCUUCACAGUUCGUACCCAGAAAUAGACUAAGAACUCCCCGUAAAAAUAUGAGUAGAUAAGGUAUCGGUACGACACAAAUCAAAAUGUGCGUAGAAGAAAGUUAACAUUGUGUUGAAACUUACGCUGGUCACGGCUUUUGUUACCAGCUGCUCAAAUAAUUAUGCUUAUAUUCGUAUUAACGUUUACACUGUUCUUUAAAAACUAUUUAAACAUUGAUAUAAGGUUUAUUCCAACAGAACGAAAAACCGUCAUGUAACGAUUAUGCUCAUGCGCAGUAAGCAAAAUAUCCCAUUGGAACGUAUUAUUUUGUUUACUGCGCAGUAAAGCGUGAUCGUUACAUGACGGUUUUUCGUUGUGUUGGAACAAACCUAUAGCCAAUUUGUUUUCCUUAAAGUCUUCUAUCAUGUCUAAAAUAUCAUAUUUAGUGUUUUCAGCAAGCAAUUUCUCACAGAAGUACAAAAAUGUAGAUUGUAGAAAAAUAGUUUAAAAACAAUAACAUUUGUAUUGUAGCUAUUUAUGUUAUAAAUAUCUCGUAAGUCAUGAUCGUAGAUUUAUUAAUUUGGAUUUGUAGUAGUAUUACAGCAAAAUAUCGUUAUAUUUUAAUGUGUAGGUAUAAUUACAUCUUUAAUUCGUCAAAUGGAGAUCAAGGUUGAUCGUUGAUCUUUAGUAACCUGUGUUGAAGUAAAUUCUAUUCAUUUUGCUGCUUUCGAAGUUAGGCUAGGAUCAGGAAAGCUCGAAAUUUUGAUGUGUCGUCAUUUUCAUGUGUUAACUGUCAAUGGUGUCAAAUGUCAAUGCCAUUGAUUCUUUCCAAUAUGUCACGUGUUCGUCAUUAGUUUUCCAUUAUUCUGUAUCCAACUAAAGAUAUAAACGGAACAACCAAUUCCGUUGUUCCAAGGAGCUAUUCAAAUUGAAUACUUUAAAGUCUGGCGUGCAAAUAAUUGUUAUGUUUUCUAUCUCUCUUAUAAGUUCAUCUUGUUUGGCUUCCAAUUAGCAUUUAUUGAUUAAUCAAAUUGCCAACCUGUAACAUUGAAGAUAAAUUUUACUUGCUUUUCUUUUCAGUAACCUCGCAGUAUUCUGCUCUGCAUUUUAUUGGCUAAGGAUAUUUUUGAAAAUCAGUAAUCAUCAAUCCUCACUGCACAACCAGUCCGUCACAAUCUCGGGUGCUUAGUACAUUCAGAGAUUGGGGUUUCUUCGAGCAGUUUAUUUAUUAUUAAAUCCUCGCUUGUCCACUGCUGGACAAUAUUCUCCCUCAUAAUGUUCAAUCUUGUGCCUCCUACAUCUUAAUUUUUAUGGCAACGUUUUAGAUCAUCAGUACAACGUGUUGGUGGACGACCUGUGCUUCGGAAGGCAUCAUCUCUUAGUCUCCAUUACAGUAUCCGCUUUGUUUAUCUAUUAUCUGUCAUUCGAGCCAUGUGACCUGCCCCGUCUCACUUCAGUGUUGCUAUUCUCUCUACAGCAUCAACUACUCCUGAUCUUAGUCGGUUUGAAACCUUGAUUUGCAGUGAAACGCCCAACUAGCACUUUCCGUCACCCUUUGAGUCACAUGGAUGUUUUUUGUCAUGUUCUCCUUGUCAUGGACAACGUUUCUGCUCCAUAAGUCAACACUGGCAAAGCACACUGAUUAAAGGUUUUUCUUUUAAAACAUAUUGGUAUGUUGGAUGAUUUUAAAAUGUGGUUUAAUUUGCGGUUACGGUUUGGUUAUCUUUUCCUAUGCGAAUCUCGUGACCUAGGUAUUUAUAGAUCAUUAUAAUAUGGUCUAUGGAUCUUGUUUCUACGCAUAUCUUCUCUUACUACAAGAUUUGUCAUCAUCUGGGUUUUAGAUAUACACUUGAGAGCAAAAUAAUCGACUCACUUGCAGAAUUGUACACGUUAAAAGUAUCGAAUUUCCUAAACCUGUUGUCCGAUUUGAGUGAUUUUUUUUAGUAUGUUAUAGCCUUAUUAUUUACGAAAAUCGAUGUAAUAUUAUUGUUGAUAGACAGGUAAAGGUCAUUUUAUACCGGGUGUAACAAUCGUACUGUGUUUUUUUUCUUAAAGAUAGGAACACCAUUCGCACCUUGAGAAGAAGACUGUUCCAAUUCAAAAUUCCAAUUUUACAGGACAGUCAAGUUAGUCAACUACAGUAACUAUUUAGUCAAAAUUUCCAAUUUUUUGAGUUGGCACACUCUUCUUUCCAAUGUGCGAUGUGUAAUAUUCUAGCAUAUAAAAAAUAUUUAAACUAAAACUCAAUUGUAGCCUUAGGCUUUCUUAACAUCUUGUUUUUUGAUUCAUUCGCUUAUGUUCAAUAAUAAAAGAGAUACGUACUUUUAUAUUACAAAUGAGGUAUACUAUUUGGUCUUUAUCAAUAUCAUUCCAAAUCUCGAGAGCUACUGUUUCUACCUCUUGUAAGGUUCUAGGAGGUGGCAAACGCUGUCGUAGUCUUCUGCCAAUUAUGUCCCACAAAUGUUCGAUCCGGUUAAGAUCUGGACUAUGCGAUGGCCAAUGCGAAGCCUGCAGAUUUACCUGUUGUAAAUAUUCGGUUACAGUUCGUGAACGUGAGGUCUUGCAUUAUCCUGUAUUAGCAAAAAAUUGUUACCAAUAUAAGGAGCCGAUAGCAUGGUAGCUAAGUAUUUCGCUAUGUAAGAUCACUGCUUGAAAACACUCAUCACGAGUCAAAUUCCUUGUAGCGCAUUCCAUAUCCACCAAUUAACAAAAAAAAACUACGGACUUGAUUGAAACUUUAAAUAAUAAAUCUACUAAUUUUCACAACAAACCAGACACUUUUUGACUGUUAACCAUUUAACAUCCAUUAAAUUGUUAAUUUCUCAUAGCCUACUUUAGGCUUGUUUAUUAAACUAAGCAGAAAAUGAUUUAUUUAUUAUGAGAAUUUAUUGAUGAAAAACAUCGCUAGUUGUUAAGAGGAAACAGUAGCGAUCAACAGGUAGCAAAAACGCGUUCCAAGAUUGCGGCUGUAUUUUGAAUAUUUUUUCGAGAUAUUUGGCACACGUACUCGUAAUAUAAUAAAGACUGGCGGUACAGAGCCCAAUUUGAAAAAUAUGUUAAUAUGUGGAAAUUACUCUGUAAUUAAAUACAAUAUUAAAAAAAACGAGCCUGUACCGCCAUUAAGAAGAACAAAAAAAUACACUUUCUUCAAAUAAACUUUUUUAUCCGAUUAGUUCCAAAAUGACACAAAAUCUAGGCAUCGGAUAAAAAAGUUUAUUAUAUACAGGCUCGUUUUUUUAAUAUUGUAUUUAAUUACAGAGUAAUUUCCACAUAUUAAUAUAUUUUUCAAAUUGGGCUCUGCACCACCAUUCUUUAUUAUAUUACGAAUACGUGUGCCAAAUAUCUCGAAAAAAUAUUCAAAAUUACUGCCGCAAUCUUGGAACGCGUUUUCGCUACCUGUUGAUCGCUACUGUUUCCUCUUAACGUACCUAACUUUUUUAUUAUCCAACAUAAGCAAAUAAAUCAAAAAAGAAAAUAUUCAUAAAGCCUAAGGCUAAAAUUGAGUUUUAAUUUAAAUAUUUUUUAUAUGCUAGAAUAUUCCACAGGGUGUUUCGAACUUUAAGAAAAAAAAACACAGUGUGAUUGUUACACUCGUUAUAAAAUGACCUUUACCUGUCUAGCAACAAUAAUAUUACAUCGAUUUUCUUAAAUAAUAAGGCUAUAACAUACUAAAAAAAUCACUCGAAUCGGACAACAGCUUUAGAAAAUUCGAGACUUCUAACGUGUACAAUUCAGCAAGUGAGUCGAUUAUUUUGCUCUUAAGUGUAUUUAUUUUCAACCCCUUUUUUAGCGAGUAAAGGUAGAACCGCUUUAAAAGUUCUUUGGCCCCAUCUAUCCUCUCAGCUGUCGGCACAAUAGCAUCUGCAAACUUAUAUAAUAUUUUUUUUUUGUUGGAAGGGGCACAAAUUUAUUAAUGAACAUUAGUAUUUAGUUUUUAGUGUACUAGUAGCAUUAAUAGCAUAAAAAUAGUUUAAGUACGGUAUAUGUAGUUAACAAUAUUCUUGUAAGGUACUUUAUACCUUAUUUACUCAUAUUUUUACGGUGAUUUUUUGUUCUAUCAAGAAGUUUUCAUAAAUACCCAACGUAGCAGCUAAUAUUUUUAUUAGAAUAUUAAUCAAAUUCUUAUGAAAUUAGUUCCAUGCCUUUUCGACAAUUGGUUACUCUAUAACGUUUAGCAGACUGAGAUCAACAGUAUCAGUGUUUGUGGAAAUGUCCUUAACAACGGAAAUCUAUUUUUUUGUGGAUCUUGAUCUUAUUGUCUUCUUGUGGAAGACGAUUUUUUCUGAACGUGACCAUUUAGAUUUUUGGUGCCCUUAUAUUUAUUAUUUUCUUUCCUAACUUAAGACUUUCUUUCCUCAACCAAUAAAUUUGUCUCUUAUGUUUUUUUUGUGUUUUUAUGGUCCGUUUGAAGUCAUAGAAUUUUUAUUUAUUUCUACACAGUCUUUGGUUGUUCUCAAUGUACUAAUAUUCUAUAUCUCUUUUUUGUUAUCUGGAGAAAAUAUUCUCUCCCACUUGCAUCUUUCCAUCUAUCCCGUGGCAUUCCUCUGUUCUUCUUUUCUCCAGUUUUACUAGUUAAACAUCUGUUUCUUCAUUCUAGUAACUGGUAUUUUCUUUACAUACACCAGUGGAAGUAUUCGAUGGUCUUUUACAUCCCCGAUUAGACUAU